CGAGCUGAUGACGUGGCCUGGCUCCGUCCGCUCCGGUGCGCCUCCAGGGACCCCGGCGCCGCUGGAACUGCCCGCGGCCUAGUCCCGACGCGCGUGUGCUUGUGAGCCAGAGCCCGGUACAGCGGCGGCGGCGGCGGUCGGGCCUGCGGGGACACGACGGGGCCGCUGCCAUGGGGGAGUGACGCGCCUGCGCCCGCUGUUCCGCGGCAGCGGCGAGACAUGAGGAAAGCCCGCGGCGGGGGCAGCGGCGGCGGCUCCUGAGCCCCGGAAUGGAGGAGAAAUUCGGCCGGGAGGUGCUAGCCGGCCCCGGCGGCGGCGGCGGCGGCGGCGGCGGCCUUGGGCCAGUGGACGUGCCCAGCGCUCGAUUAACAAAAUAUAUUGUGUUACUAUGUUUCACUAAAUUUUUGAAGGCUGUGGGACUUUUUGAAUCAUACGAUCUCCUAAAAGCAGUUCACAUUGUUCAAUUCAUUUUUAUAUUAAAACUUGGGACUGCAUUUUUUAUGGUUUUGUGUCAAAAGCCAUUUUCUUCUGGAAAAAGUAUUACCAAACACCAGUGGAUCAAAAUAUUUAAACAUGCAGUUGCUGGGUGUAUCAUUUCACUCUUGUGGUUUUUUGGCCUCACUCUUUGUGGACCACUAAGGACUUUGCUGCUAUUUGAACACAGUGAUAUUGUUGUCAUCUCACUACUCGGUGUUUUGUUCACUAGUUCUGGAGGAGGACCAGCAAAGACAAGAGGGGCUGCUUUUUUCAUUAUUGCUGUAAUCUGCCUAUUGCUUUUCGACAAUGAUGAACUCAUGGCUAAAAUGGCUGAACACCCUGAAGGACAUCAUGACAGUGCUCUAACUCACAUGCUUUACACAGCCAUUGCCUUCUUAGGUGUGGCAGAUCACACUUCCAGAAAACUCUCUGUAGAUGUUGGUGGAGCCAAACGUCUUCAAGCUUUAUCCCGUCUUGUUUCUGUGCUUCUCUUGUGCCCAUGGGUCAUUGUUCUUUCUGUGACAACUGAGAGUAAAGUCGAGUCUUGGUUUUCUCUCAUAAUGCCUUUCACAACAGUUAUCUUUUUUGUCAUGAUCCUGGAUUUCUAUGUCGAUUCCAUUUGUUCAGUCAAAAUGGAAGUUUCCAAAUAUGCCUGCUAUGGAUCCUUUCCCAUUUUUAUUAGUGCUCUACUUUUUGGAAAUUUUUGGACACAUCCAAUAACAGACCAGCUUCGAGCUUUGAACAAAGCAGCACACCAGGAAAGCACUGAACAUGUCCUGUCUGAAGGAGUGGUAGUGAGCGCUAUAUUCUUCAUUUUGUCUGCCAACAUCUUAUCAUCUCCUUCCAAGAGAGGACAGAAAGGCACCCUAAUUGGAUAGUCUCCUGAAGGAAGACCUCUUUAUAAUUUCAUGGGUGAUGCUUUCCAGCGUAUCUCCCAAUCGAUCCCCAGGUUUAUUAAGGAAUCACUAAAACAAAUUCUUGAGGAGAAUGACUCUAGGCAGAUCUUUUACUUCUUGUGUUUGAAUCUGCUUUUUACCUUUGUUGAAUUAUUCUAUGGCAUGUUGACCAAUAGUCUGGGUCUGAUCUCAGAUGGAUUUCACAUGCUCUUUGACUGCUCUGCUUUGGUCCUGGGUCUUUUUGCAGCCUUGAUGAGUAGAUGGAAAGCAACUCGGAUUUUUUCCUAUGGGUAUGGCCGAAUAGAAAUUCUCUCUGGAUUUAUUAGUGGACUUUUUCUAAUGGUAAUACCCUUUUUUGUGUUUAUGGAGUCAGUGGCUAGAUUAAUUGAUCCUCUGGAAUUAGACACACAUAUGUUAACACCAGUCUCAGUUGGAGGGCUGAUAGUAAACCUUAUUGGUAUCUGUGCCUUUAGCCAUGCCCAUAACCAUAACCAUGGAGCUUCUCAGGGAAGCUGUCAUUCAUCUGAUCACAGUCAUUCCCACCAUAUGCAUGGACACAGUGACCAUGGGCAUGGUCACAGCCACGGAUCUGCAGGCAGAGGCAUGAAUGCUAACAAGGGUGUAUUUCUACAUGUUUUGGCAGACACACUUGGCAGUAUUGGUGUAAUUGUAUCCACAGUUCUUAGAGAGCAGUUUGGAUGGUUCAUUGCUGAUCCCCUGUGUUCUCUCUUUAUUGCUAUAUUAAUAUUUCUCAGUGUUGUUCCACUGAUUAAAGAUGCCUGUCAGGUUCUACUUUUGAGACUGCCACCAGAAUAUGAAAAAGAGCUACGUCUUGCUUUAGAAAAGAUACAGAAAAUUGAAGGAUUAAUAUCAUACCGAGACCCUCAUUUUUGGCGUCAUUCAGCCAGUGUUGUGGCAGGAACAAUUCAUAUACAGGUGACAUCAGAUGUGCUGGAACAAAGAAUUGUACAGCAGGUUACAGGAAUACUUAAAGAUGCUGGAGUAAACAAUUUAACAAUUCAAGUGGAAAAAGAGGCAUAUUUUCAACAUAUGUCUGGCCUAAGUACUGGAUUUCAUGAUGUUCUAGCUAUGACAAAACAAAUGGAGUCCAUGAAAUACUACAAAGAUGGUAUUACAUCAUGUGAGAUAACUCAAGAAUUACCUUUGGGAUAUGAACAAUGAAGAUUAAUUUACUUGGUAUUUAUAAUAUUGCCAGAAGGAAGAAAAUUGCACAUAAUUGUACAGAAACAUUUGCUGUAUUCGAAAAAAAUUCUAAAGCUCCCUGCUAUUGGAUCAAGGAAUCUUUCUUAAAGGAAAUUUAAAUACAGAAUGAAGCAUUAAUUGUACAAGUAAAAUAAUUACUUGAAUUAUGUGUAUAAAAGGAAUCCUAAAAUUUGAGUGAACAUGAUGUAUCACAUCAUCUUCAAAAAUGAACAUAUAAUGAUGGAUUCUAAUGAAGACCAAAAUUACUUGUGUGUUUACUUUCUGUCAGAAAGCAUCUCCAUUGUAAAUAAUGUAUUUACAUGUUUAUUACAAAGACCCAAAUGAAAAAUUUUUAGUCAAUCUUUUGCAUAGCCCUAGGAUAAAAUAGGAAAAAACGUUCUAUAUUUAUGGAUUUUCUGUAUAUAAAACUGGUUUCUAAUUAUAACUUAAAUCCAUUAAGUAAAAGCUGUAUUGCCACUUUAAAUGUAAACUAAAUUAUUUGGGAGAAACCAACCACUGAAAUGAGACAAGCAUUGAGAAUAGGGAAGUAUAUAACAUUAUUGAUGUAUUACAAAAACCAACCACUCUGUAAAAUAAAUUUUUUUACUUUUGGUAAUAUUUGCAAAUGAAUAAUUACUUUAUUAGGGUAAAGAACUUAUACUAAGUUGUGUGCAUGUUAUUCGAUCACUUGUCUUCUUCCUCUGAAGUAGAAUAUUCCAUUUCUUGUUAUGCAUCUGCCAUUCCAAGUUCCUUGUCAAGCUGGGAUCCAAGCAAUGCGAGGGUUCUCAUUUUUCAUUUAGCUCCAUAUUUUGUGAAACAACCAGCUGAGAGAAUCAUAAAUAAUGUCAAUUCACAUUUGAAUUUUCUGCCUUAAACACAGCUUCUUUUUUUAAUUUCUGGGACAUGUGGAUCUAUAAGAAGUAUCAAAGAAUAGGUAGUUAUUUUAAAUUUAGUAAGUAAAUCUUGUCCGUAAGUACUUGUGCAUCAUGAAAUCAAAAUAUCUACCCUGUAACUACUUUCUAUAACAAUAUCUAAUUUAUAUUUUUUCAUUUCCAAUUUAAACUGAAUGUAUAGUCUGAAAAAAUGUAUGAUAAAGAGAUCUAUAAUAAUAUAUGCAGUUUUAUGAACACCAAAGAAUGUU